AUGCACCUCGUCAACCAUGGCAUAAUGGAUAAGCUUAUUGAUCAUGUUAAGACAAUUGGAAAAGCGUUUUUCAACCAUCCGGUGGAGAAGAAGGAGAAAUAUGCUAAUGAUCAAGCCUCCGGCAAUGUUCAAAGGUAUUGUAGAGAUACGUUUGAGAUUUUGUCCAAUGGGAAGUAUAAAAGUAUUUUGCAUAUACGGCUCGUGAAUAAGGAGAAAGUGAUGAUUUCUUGGGCAGUUUUUUUGUCGCCGAAGGAGAAGAUUGUGCUGAAGCCGUCGCCAGAGAAUGUUUCCAAGGGCACAGCUUAUCAACAAUCCCUGUCAAAUUCCACUCCCCCCCUUCUACCCCGUUCUUCACUCCCUGAGAAGGUAUUCAGUCUGAUAAUGCAAAAGACACUUCAGCAUUCUAUUAGUCAGUAA